ACCACGAUGGAGCUCUCCCGGAUAAAAACCCUUUACUGUGGGUUAAUAUUUCAGCUACUUUUCACACUUGCCCUACCACUACCAUUCACCAAGUAUGGCCGCAACUGCAACGAUAUCGGUUGCCUGCCCAGCCAGGUGUGCGUGAUGGCUUACGAGUCGUGCUCCCUUGGGCAACGCGAGGGUAACGAAUGUGGCCGUUACCCGACCUGCAAAAAGAACACGGACCCGAGUAUCAGUGCCGGCCCGAGCGAGGGUGUUAGCAACGUGUACAACAAUGGUCCGAAGCCUUCGGCACCGAGCGGUGGACGUCCUAGUAACGGCGGUGAUGACGAUGUUCUUGGAACGCUCGGUCUGAACCCUAACAACCCCUAUGGUCAGCGACCAGCGGCACCACCAGCCCGUCCACCCCCGUCCGGUCCUUCGCUCUACCCAUCUCUCCCCUCAGACAACAACCCCGGUAAUCGUUACGGAGGAAGCAGCGGUGGUGGUGGUGGUGGUUCGUACAAUGGAGGAGGCGGUGCUGGAGGUAGCUCUUCCUACGGAGGAGGCAGCGGGCAGUUUGAUGGUGCCGGUGGAAACAUCAUCGUACCCACGCGCAAACCAACACCCGCUCCUUCUGGUGGAUUUUUCGGCGGCAUCCUGAACGGCGUACAGAAUGCCGUCUCGAACGCGGUCAAGCAGCAGAUCGGUACGUACAUUAAUCAACGCUUGGGCAUUGGACCGGCCGCAGGUGGUGCAGCGGGUGGAGCGGGUGGUGCCGGCGGUGGUCUUGGUGGGCUGUUUGAUGCACGCAACCUGAUCGACAACAAGCGCUUCGGUGGAUUGUUUGCCGAGAAUAAACCGGCAGGCAGUGGAACCGGGCCGUCCGGUACUUCCAUCGGUCCGGGAGGAUAUCCGGUAACCGUUGAUCAGCGCACGUCGGCCAGCAACUACCAGCAGCAGUAUGCAGCCCCACCGGGUGGGCAGCCGAUGUAUGCACAAAAUUAUGGCAACUACAACGCGGCUAAUACGGCACGCGCUCGUUCAACGGAACGGCCCGCUUAUGGGUGGAACUUGAACUAG